AUGGAACGAGGUGUGCAAUGCUCACAUGCGAUGGCUGGCGGGCCUUGUGUGGGCAACACUUGUGCAGGCGAUCGCAUUGGCAGCAUCAAUGGUAAAAAGCAAGUUAAAGAGAUGUGCGAGGAAUUGCGAACCGCGACAAGAAUUUCGGUCAACAUCAUGCGUUACCCCAAUGAGUUCUGGUUUGAGAUUGGUGUCGACAACAGCAAGAAUCAGAAGGGACUUGGCUGCCGGUUGGAACACUUGUCGAACGAACUGCUCAUCGUUGAGGUUUAUGAGCAGGGUGCUAUCCCCACAUUCAACAGGCGGAUGGUCCAGCAGCGCCAGUUCCACAUGGUCAUUUCGGCCGGCAUGCACAUUGUGAAGGUUGGUGACGUAUCUGGCGAUGCAAAGCGUUUGAAAAAGGCGCUCAAGGGAUCUGGCGAGAUGGCCAUUCACGUUCGGCGGGCGCAGGACACGAGCUGUUCCUCACAGUCUGCCUCUGGGCAAGAUGAGUUCGAAGAAUCAGAACAAGGAAGGGCGCACAAGGCGUUCAUACAUGUGAUGCAAGAGCUGGCGUACUUACGUGACUCAAUUGGAAUCUGCUGCAUCGAGAGGAUGAAGUGA